GUCCUCACUUUUGGCCUAAAAGUGAUCGCGAACCUAUUUUACCCCCUCGUUAUACAAGGCCUGCUGGUAGACCGAAGAAAUUGAGAGGAAAGGACCCGAUUGAAGAUAAGAAAGCUCAUAAAGCUAAAAGAAGAUACGGGCCAACAAAAUGUAAAAAUUGUGGCGAUCUUGGUCAUAACAAACGAACUUGUAAAACUACAAGGGAUAACCAGGAGGGAGAGCCAUCAAGAGGAGCCGGUAGUCUACCAAGACCUACUUUCCCUAAUGAAGAGCAGGUUGUUACUUUAGACUGGGCUCCUUCAAGACACACAGUACAACAACAUCGGAUCAAUCCCGUUGGAUCCGGCAACCGUGGGCAGCUCCCACAACACGACCCGUCCUUCGCCCCGGCGGAGCAUAUGAGCCUCAGCUCUACGGGGCCCACGAGAUGGCGUUCACGCUGGCUGUGUGCCUCUCCAUCUCGGCCACCGGCACGGUGGCAACUAGAUAUCCAAAAUCACGACUUUAUUGUUGUCCAUCAAGACAAAUUAAGCUAA